AUGUCCGAAGUAGACAGGAUCUUCUGCUUCCUCAAGGGAUUGAAACCGUGGGCCAAACAAGAACUUCAAAGACAACGUGUGUCUGAUCUUGCCACCGCUCAAGCUGUUGCUGAACGCUUAACAGAUUAUACUCCGGAGAGCAGCCUACCGAAAAGGGCUACUCCUCCAACCAGCUUAAGUAGCGCUGGGACAAAGAGACUAGGACUGAAGCUGGAGAAAGAUGCAGGCCGCAUGAAAUCGGUCAACUCUAAGGCCUUGGCCACAACUGGCAUGGAUAAAGGGGCUCAGUGGGUUAAGAAGGAAGUUAAGAAUAAGAUUGCUAUUGCGGAGGGGAGUGACGAGGGAGAACAAACCAAGGUUGAUGCUCAUGUUACGAUUGAGGGAUCCGUUAGUGCCAAAAUUGAAACUGGCAGCAAAACUAUCAGUGGAGAUACAUUGCAAACCCCAAAGAAAGUGGUUCACAAUUCUAAACAGGGACAACUUGAUAGUGAUAAUGAUUAUGCUGCUAAGGUUCUGACUGGACAAGGACAAAGCAAUAAAAAUACCUUUGAAGUGCUUCAAGAGCAAGUUGAGGGUGAGAAAGGAGUGGAUGAAAGGAAGAGUUUAUGGCAGGGCUUAACUAGACUUAAAUUCCCUGCUAAGCCUUGGACAAUUCUGGGUGAUUUCAAUGCCAUUUUUAAUGUGGAGGAUAGAAGUGGUGGUAAACCAGUUUCCACUUCGAAGUUGAUAGACUCCUCCCAAUGGCUUUCUCCAAAUCAAGUGGAUUUGCUUAAGAGUACAGGCUCGUUUUUUACUUGGACAAAUAACCAAGAUGGUCAAGCUCGCAUAUACUCCAAGAUAGAUCAUAUUUUUACUAAUGAGGAAUGGCUGGACUUUUUUCCAAAUACUUUAGUUGUGUUUCGUUGGGAAACAGUUUCUGACCAUUGUUCUUGUAUUGUUUCUUCCACUUCUUCGAAGAAUAUAGGUGUCAAACCUUUUUCGUUCUACAAUUUUUGGAUAGAUCAUAAAGAGUUCAAAGAAGUGGUGCUGGAGAGCUGGAGGAAACCGAUUAGUGGUACUGGUUUAAAGGCUAUUUACUUGAAAACCAUGAGACUUAAGCACAGUUUGAAGAAGUUUAACAGGGAUAUUGUUGGGGAUAUAUGUGUGAACUAUCAGAAAGCUAAAGAUAGUUUCCAGGAAGCUCAAAUCCAAGCUCAAAAUCAUCCCAGGGACCUUGUUUUCCAAGAAGAAGAGGCGGCUGCUGUUGUAGCUUUCAAUAUCCAGGAACAAAUGAAGGGAGAUGCAAAUACCUCUUACUUUCAUGCUUGCUUGAAAAAGCGUAAAGAAGAGAACAUAAUAGCCACCUAUCUAACUGAGCAAGACAGAUUAGUUGAUAAUUUUCCUGAUGUUGUGUCUCAUUUCUUGGACCACUUUAGGAGUUUUAUGGGCAGCCCCAGCUCUACCACUACGAAGAUCAACUUGCAGUGUAUUGAGAUGGGCAAUAAACUCUCGUUUGAGCAGCAACUUGCUCUCUUGAAACCAUUCUCUCCUAAGGAAAUUAAAGUAGCAUUCUUUAGCAUUCCCAACAACCAGUCACCGGGACCUGAUGGGUUUGGCUAUGCUUUCUUCAAAGUUUUAUGGCUUGACAUUGGAGGAGACAUCUGUAAGGCAGUUAGUAGUUUCUUUGAGACAGGUCAUUUUCCAGCCGAGCUUCACAAUACAACCAUCUCCUUAGUCCCUAAAACUGAUACUCCUGCUAGGGCAGUGGACUAUAGGCCCAUUGCCUAUUGUUCCACAAUCUACAAAUGUGUCUUUAAAUUGAUGUGUUCCAGACUUGCCAAGGCCCUUCAUGGUUUAGUUCAACAGAACCAAGGUGCCUUUGUUCAGGGUAGAUCGAUCUCUCAUAAUAUCUUGAUAUUUCAAGAUUUAAUCAAGAAUUAUGGACGGAAAACUACCUCUCCUAGAUGUGCCAUCAAGAUUGACUUAAGCAAAGCUUAUGACACUAUAGAUUGGUGGUUUCUUAAAGACCUUUUGAAGUCCUUAUGUUUUCCUAUGAGGUUUAUAGGUUGGAUCAUGACCUGUCUAAAAAACACAACUUACUCCUUGCUUAUGAAUGGAAGAAUUCAAGGUAGCUUCAAAGGUGAGAAAGGGCUGCGACAAGGAGAUCCUAUAUAUCCUCUUCUUUUUGUCCUAAUAAUGGAGUAUAUAACUCGAAGACUUCAAUUGGCAGCUCACGGGACUCAACCUUCUGUUAGUAUGCUUAAAGAAGCUCUAGAUGAGUUUAGUUCUGCUACAUGGCUCAAAGCUAAUACUAGCAAGUCCCAAAUUUAUUUUGGGGGAGUGGUAGCAGUGGAAAGAGAGGCCAUUCUCAUGAGAUGCAACUUACUGAAGGUGUUGUUUGGUCUUCGCAACUACUGCAUGAGCAUAUUUUUUCUUCCCCAAAGCGUUGUUAAGGAAGUUGAGAAGCUUUGUCGUGGCUUUCUCUGGGGUUUCAAUGGAAUUAGAAGUAAGAUUCACAUUGCCUCUUGGAAGAAAGUUUGUCUCCCAAAGGCCUAUGGGGGUCUCGGUUUCAGGGAUGGAUCCAAAUGGAACCGUGCCAUUCUAGCUAAAUAUAUUUGGGCCAUUUCCGAGAAACAUGAUUUGUUGUGGGUCAAGUGGAUUAACUCUGUAUACGUGAAAGAAUCCACCUUUUGGGAUCACAAGCUGAAAUCAGAUUCGAGUUGGUAUUGGAGAAAACUUUGUCACUUGCGGGAAAAAUUUAGCCAAACUGAAGUGAGGACUGCUGGUUUAACAAGGGAGUUUAGAGCUUCUAAACUCUAUAACAUCUCUCUUUGUCAACAACAUGUUGAUUAUCAUCAAGUAGUUUGGUGCAAGAUGACUCUCCCUAAACAUAGAUUCUUACUUUGGCAAGUUGUGAACUCUCACCUUCUUACAAGAGAUCUCAUGAUCAGGUUUUGUAUUCCUUUUGAUUCACUUUUAUGUCCUGUUUGUGGUCUCUAUAAUGAAAGUCACGCUCAUCUCUUCUUUGAGUGUUAUCUAUCUCAGAAGGUGACAGAUUUAGUUUUCAGCUGGUUGGGGUUUAGAGCUUGGCCUCUUGAAUUUAAUGGGUGGACAAAUUGGCUUGCCAGUAGAAGAACAGGGAUCAUUCCUUCUAUCACCUAUAUGACCCUUGCUGCUGUUGUUUAUAAUAUCUGGAGGAACCGAAAUAGGUGCAUUUUUUUAUGGUUUUUCCUGGACUGA